UGUUAAAUAAAUAGAUAUUAAAUAAUAUAUGAUUACCCAUUCUUGCACAAUCGUGAAUGCACAAAUAUAUAGUUGAUUAAUUUGAUGUCGGAUACGAUGACACCGCGGAAUCAGAUAUGAAUAUACACCGUGACAUUAUUACAACGACGUUUCUCCAUUACGCAAAAUAUUAUUUAUGCGUUUUCGUCUCUUGGAUAAGGUUACCGAGAUAUUAAUCGCUUAUAACCGGCGCAAAUGUCAAGCGAUACUCGUUCUCGUGCGCGUGAAGAAGCGUGCGAAAAAGACUCUCGCGUGAUGAAAUAUCGUCGUUCCAUUCUACGCUUGUGCGUCCGAUUCGACAAACGUGUUCUCGAAGCCGUCGUCAUCAUUGUAUUGCGCGAUGCAACUCGUGCGUAAAUCUUUCUCGACGCGUUCGCGUCGUGCCGUUUUCGUUCGUUGACCGCUCAACGACAACGUUCUCUGAACGACACCCGGGAUCGAUGGAUCGAACCGUUCGAUCCCCGCGUCAUAGAUAUAUAGCCGCUCUUUAUUCGACGUGAAUGAAAAUGUGAUCCUUUAUAUCCAUUAUAUCGGUAGCGAGCAGGAUAAAUCGCCACCACGUCGUGAUGCAUUUCUAUUUCGCGACUGACGUUUUCAGAAGAGAUGUGGACAAAAUUUCUUUUUAUAAGAAUCAUUUUUUUUUUUUUCGAUCCAUUCACAAAUUCACAAUAGUGUUAAAAAUAAUUUAAUCCACAAAAUUAUAUGAUUCUGCGAGAUUUGGCAGAAAUUGUAGAAUUACAAUAUAUAUUUAUUAUGAUUUUGAAAAAGCAAAAUUAUGUCAUCUGAUAUUUUUGCUAUGAUGAAUGAUGCCUGGAUUGAUUAAAUGUUGGGUAAAUUGGAAGACCGAAUUAUAGCGAUUUUUAAUAAAUUGCAACAAUUGAAUACAUCGGAGUAUGUUUCAAAACUAUUAAUAUCUUUUUAAUAUUAAAACAAACAAUAUUCUCUAAAAUUUAUGGUUUUUAUAAUAAAAAAAAAAAAAAAAAUCAUUUUUAAAUCUCGCAUUAAUAUCAAAUAUAUUAUAGAUAUAUGACAUAUUAUCUGUGCUAAUUUUAAAAACUUAAAAAUUCAUAUUUUCACAUUUUUCAACAUCAGACAUUUAUCUGCAAAGAAAUAAUCGAAAAAUACAAUUUAAAAAUUUAUAAUUAUAAAUUUAUAAUUGUCUAGGAUAAUGCAACACUUUACAUAUAUUAUCCUACAAUUACUCUUUAAAAACUUGUAUCGAAAUAUGUUUAACAAGAUUUAUGAGACAAUUGUUUACGUAAUUCAUUUACACUUGGAAAUAUAAAUGAUGGACAAAUUUAAUUAUGACUAUAAUUUUUCAUUAAAUUCUACAAAUUAAAACAAUUUAUUGUUAAUUUGGAUAACGCUCUAAUGAUAUUAAUAAUAAAUAUUUUAAUGUCGAAACAUAAUUUUGUAUUAAUAUUAAAAUACAAUUUUGUCGCACAUAUUUGUUAAAGUUAAUUCGGAUCGCGGAUUAAAGAGACGUGUUUAAUAAACCACCGACACGACACGACGCGCAAGCGAUCGACUCCGAACGUGGGCGUCACACACAACAGGUGUUUCCUGCAUGCGAAGCGUUUUCCUGCUGUCCGAAUGAAAGAAAGAGAGAGAAGAAGAGAGAAAUUUUGCUCUUCUCCUUCUAUUGACAUUUCCUCGUAAACAAAUUUUUGUAAACAUAUAUAUUGUAUUGACAUUUUCGACACGUUCAGCCUGAGAUCUACUACGCAUUUGUUAGAGUGUAACCGUCCGAUUUUCUCGUCACGUGGACGCGAAACAUGAUCUUUAAAUUAAACAAUUAAAAGUCAAAAUCAAUUGACAACAUGAUAGACUCACGGUAAACAGUCGGCAUUCGAAAAACAUCGACGUUUGUAUUGCCGUUGAAAAGUUUUAUUAUUAUCACAUCAUGUAAAACGCCAUGCAGUCUGUUUACGCCGCGAUGAAGAUUCAUGAAUAUUUCAAUGCCUAAAUAAACAUAAAUCUUUGAUAAAAGCAUUAUAGCCGCGCUAUUAAUGAGAGAAAGAAGAGCGAAUGGGAGGGGUCGUCUUUGGAGGCGCUACGUCUUCGUUUUAUGCUCCAGCAGCGCGAUACGUAUUCUCGAUGUAUGAUUUAUCCGGCAAAGAUAUUCUCUCUCUCUCCCUUUUUUUUCUCGGUGUUUCGAGAGCGGCGCGAAAAAAAACGCAGAUUGCGUAGCGCGCGCGUGUCGAGUGAACGAGAAGACGAGCGCGUAGAAGAGAAGGCGGUUUGAAUUUUGCGCUUAUAGAUCUUCGUACGAGAAACGUAACGGCCAGUAACAGCGAACUCUCUCAUCGCUCAUUGCGACACACCGCUGCGAAAUCGCGAAAAUAUGGCGGCCGAGAGACGGCCGCCCGCCGCGCUUUCUCGAACGAGGAAAAACAAAAUCUUCAACUCGCUGCAUCGAUUGUCUCUCGAAAGACUGUCGUUCUGGAUAAAAAUGGCUACGCUUUUGACGCGAAACUAUUUUCCGUUACGAACGAAAUGCGACUCUAAUCGACAGCAAUCCGGCCGAGUUUACACGUGGUGCAAAGAUAUUGGGUGGUCGCGUGGAUGGAAGGGGAUCCUGAAGAACAGUCUGGGCGUGCUGGUGGGUGUGGGUGCCACUUGCGGAGCACUUUUAUACUUCCUGGACCGAUCGGUCCGAGCCGGUGAACACGUCGCGCACCUGCCAAGAUAUCCCUGGGACUUCGAAGGCUUUCUCACAUCCCUGGAUCAUUCGGCCGUGCGGCGGGGCUGGCAAGUCUACAGGACCGCGUGUUACACGUGUCACAGCCUGCGCUAUGUACGAUUCAUGGAUUUGAUCGACGUAUCGCAUACGGAGGACGAGGUCAAGGCCAUAGCUGCUGACUACGAGAUUGAAGAUGGACCAGACGAAGAGGGAAACUAUUAUAAGAGAUCUGGAAAAUUGUCCGACUUAUUGCCACUUCCUUAUCCGAACGAUGAAGCAGCCAGAUCGGCCAACUUCGGUGCUUAUCCACCGGAUAUGACCUACUUUAUUCUCAGCAAAUGGAACGGUAGAAAUUAUUUGUUUUCCUUGCUCACGGGAUGGAUGGAACCACCAGCAGGUGUAUCUUUGACCGACCAGCAAUAUUUCAAUGCCUAUUUUCCCGGAAAUGUAAUCGGGAUGGCACAGAUGCUAAUCGAAGGAGCGGUGGAUUAUGACGAUGGUACUCCGGCGACGACGUCGCAAAUGGCGAAAGACCUAGUUCAAUUUUUAAGCUGGACAUCCUCGCAAAAUUUUGACGCACGCAAGCAGAUGUUUAUCAGGAUGGUAGGAAUCUGGCUUAUAGCAUGGGGUUCGAUUGUUCACUAUAUGAGGUAUACUUGGUCGAUAUUGAGGAGCAGACAAAUCGCAUACAUACCCAAGGAAAAAUAUUAAGAAAUAUUCUAGGCAACAAAUACUUAGCUCGAAUCUAAAUGAAGAAAAUUAUUUACUGAUAUAGAAAAAAAAUAGAUUCAAGAUGAUCGAACGUUUGGCUGAUAAAAAGAUAACAAAGCUCGUAAUACAUAUAAUAUACUAAUAUGAUAAAAAACGUAAACUACGAAUAUAGAUUUAAAAUCAUUUCUUCAGUAAGCUCAUCUAUGUUUGUGCACAU